AUAAAGUAUUUAAUUGUAUUAUGUAGAUGGAGAUCUGUUUUUUGGGAAUCAAAGAAGGGUUAUUAAAACCAAAGAAGAAGCCAUGUUGCUGUUCCAGGAGUUUCAUUCCUCUCCCAUGGGUGGACAUUCAGGAAUCUUAAAAACACGGACAGCCAUGUGUUCCAGAUUUUACUGGCAUGGAAUGUCAAUCGACAUUGACAACUGGGUACUGGAAUGUGAUAAAUGCCAGAAAAUUGGAAAGCCUUUGACCGCUGCACAACCACUACAGUGCAUUAAGGUGUCUGCGGUCUGGGAGCUCAUUGGGAUAGACCUAACAGGACCAUUACCAAAAACUUCAGAUGGCUUUCAAUACAUUUUGACAGUUACAGAUUAUUUCUCAAAAUGGGUAGAGGCCUUUCCUUUGAAAACUAAAUCUGCAGCUGAAGUGGGUAGAAAUCUUUGUUCUAUCAUUUAUAGACAUGGCUGUCCAAAGCGCAUCCUUUCAGAUCAGGGACGGGAAUUUGUUAAUGAUCUUAACCAUAGGCUUUGUGAAUUGCUACACAUCCAAAGGAGCGUAACAGCAGCCUAUCAUCCACAAACAAAUGGCCUGGAUGAGAAGACUAAUGACAAUAUAAAAAGAGCCCUUAAAAAAUUGGUCAAUGACCAGCAAAACGAUUGGAAUGUCUAUCUGGAUGCCACCCUGUUUUCAUUGCGGUCUAAAGUGCACACUACCACAAAAUUCUCCCCGUUUCUUUUGAUGUAUGGGAGGAAGGCAGUGUUCCCUUCAGAGGUUCCUGUUGAAGUGCCAGUAAGUAUGUUUUUGUCUUUACAAUUGUAAUAAAAUUAUGACUCUCUAUUAGUUUCUCAGAUGACAGUCUUGGAAGUCUGUUGAUAAUUUUCUUCUUACCAUCAUAAUCCUAAAUAACAUGUAACAGUGUUGAGGUCUGGACUCUGGAGUGGUGAGUACAUUAUACUGAGAACACCAGAACCUUCCUACCUUCCUUGUUUUGUGUCUGUAUCUUCCUUUCUCAUUGAGGGCUUUAUGACUGAAACACAUCCUUCUAGACCCAUAACAUUCAGCUGUCUUUUCACAGAGGAAGGAUGAACAAAAACACCUGAAACUGGGGCUUGUCUGUCUCUCUCUCUCUCUCUCUCUGUCUCUCUCUCUCUCUCUCUCUGCUCAAACUAAUGUUUAUCUGAUGCAGGCAGUUUGGAUAAGGCAGUUUACUCUGGUCUACUGUAUUCACUAAUUGGGGUAACAUUUGCUGACUGUUUUUCAAUUUAGCUUUCCAAGAUUAUUCUCCCUGAAGGAGGAUACAGCGAGUUUCUUGAUUCAAAACAAAAAACAUCGGAAGCUGUUAAAAAAACAGCAGAAGAUAACAUACGUAAGUCUCAAGAAAAACAAAAAGAAGCAUAUGCCAGAAAAGUGCAGAAGAAAUACCAAAAUGUUGAGUAUAAUGAUGGGGAUGAAGUACUUCUACUGAAUAUGAGGAAGCGAGGAAGGAAAGGCGGAAGAAUAGAACCGGAUUUCUCUGGUCCAUAUGUUAUCCAGUCAGUCCGUGGCAAACUUGUCACAUUAAAAAACCCUGAAGGAGCCAUCCUGAAAAACAAAUACAACAUUGGCCAUCUAAAACCAUAUAGAAGAAGCCAGGCAGCCGACAGUAGCAGCAGCAUCUUCUCUCCUUGUCCUCAGCAGUCUUCUUCCAAGAAGAAGAGUUCAGAAGAGUACACAGACCCAAAUGUACAACGGUGCUCAGUUAUACGUUUAGCUUCAAAACAAGCUGAUGUCAAAAAACAUGUGCAAACAACCACAGUAACUGAAAAGCCUGCAACAAAGAGCUCAUCAAACACUGAAACAACUUCAGUAACUGAAAAGCCUGCAAUGAAGAGCUCAUCAAACACUGAAAGAAGCAUUCAAGAAGAAGGUGGCAUAGUUACAAAGUUCAGAUUUUGACCUGUUGGUCCGUUUGUUACCAGUUUGGUCUAACCCAGAACAUUUUUGUUCAUGGAGGUUUGCCCAUGAUAAACUGUUUUCUUCUUCUUCUUCUUCUUUCUAUAAGCCCCCUGGCUGUGUUUGAACUGUUGGUCUUAAUCUUGCCAUUUCACAUUUUAGGGUGGACAAAAUAACCUAUGAAAAUGCAAGGUAUUUGAUGUAUCGAAGGAAUUCUUCUCCAGCCCCUAGUAAUGAGACUCUGGUCUUCAAAGGACAACAAUCAGGUGGAAGCAGUUGCCGGGCCAUACAAAUUGUAUGAUUCUUCUUUUAGAACACUGCAAGGGACCGAAUGUGUCGCUGAUGAAGUGAUUGAUGCAUACCUGAACCAUCUGAUUGAACAACAUAAGACGCCUGUAUAUCAGCUGUGUGCAGUGGUUGCUUCUUCUUUAGCUGCUGGACAGUUUCGAUGUCUCAGAAAGAUGAAGUUCCCAGUUGAGGACACAUGGCUGUGCCCUGUCAAUACCGGAGGACAUUGGAUUCUUGUGAUUGUCAGCAUGUCAAGAAAGAUCCUCUCCAUCAUUGACCCCAUGGGAAAUGAGGGAUUAUAUGAGAGAAAGAUUUUGCGGAACUGGAGGAAUUUUUUAAAGAUGAUUGGACACCAAGAUCACAGCGCUGAAUGGCGAACAACAGUAUUGAAACACAACCCACAGCAAGAUGCGAGCAGCUGUGGCGUUUUAGUGCUAAAGUUUGCAGAAGAUUUUCUUUCUACUGGAGCUAUCGACAAUGUGCAGACAACACAAGCAGCUAUUAGCACCGCCCGAAUGGGGAUAGCCUGUUCAUUGCUUGAACGUAAAGGCAAUGCAGAGGACUACUGCACAGUUUGCUCUAUGCUGGAAGGGGAUGGAGACAAGAGCAUGACUGAAAUGGUGCAGUGUGAUGUGUGCAGUCGCUGGGCACAUUUUGAAUGUGUCCAAUAUAGUAAAGAGAUUUCCGCCAACUACCACUGUAGAAAGUGUACAGUUAACAAAUAACCUGAAUGUAUUUUUUCCUGGAUUAAGCUGCACUUUGCACUGUUUGUUUUAAAAUGUAAAAUCUAAGUACACUGUAUAAUAUGUUUAUAAAAAUGUGUGUUAUUGGAUUACAAUGCAAUGUUCAACUUAAUUAGUAAAAGUAUUAGCAAACCAUGAGAAAAAAAAACUUUGGGGAUUCAGUAAAAUCACAGUGAACCUUAAUCAACUCCCA